UGGAUUUUUCACCAUUCAAAAACCUGUUCUAAACACCAACAAAGCAUAUAUUCGUGUUUGUAUGUUAAUGGUACCCCAAUAUCGUGUGCCGGCCAAAGCAGUUGUUCGGCUAGUAUCUACGGUACGCUACGAUCGCUGUGCGUUGUGGUGGUGCGGAAUGCGGUACAGGAUUCCGGUAGAGUUUUGUGCUAAUGUGCAUUUGUGUUACUGUUAGCUAAAGUAGACAACGCUGUGCCCAUUACGGACAAUGCAACACGCGAGAUUUUAAAGUAACUUUAACGAUACUUACAAGUAUACCAACAGCAUACUCAUGUACACAUACCGUUAGAGUAUAAUGCAAAUACUGUGGCAAUUUUCUAAUUAACAAUUCUGCGUGCGCCGGUUAGAGCUCCGAAUAAAUUUAAUAAUAUUCUUUCGCCAACGAAUAUGGCGUUGGAGUAACCAUUUACCAAAUAUAUAAUACAAAUGUAUUCUUUAAUAAAAUGAGUAACGGAACCGGUUUACCUAAACAGCUUUAGAUUACUGUGUAUCGAUUUCGCAAAGGCACGGACUUUUUACUUCUUAAUUUUUUUUCGAUAAAUGCAAAAUGUUCGCACAUAUAUAUGUAUUAUUUGCAUCGCUGUUACUUGCUUCCGUAAUUACGGGAACGAUAUCCCAAUGCCCCUGGCAAAGAGAUAUACUUGAACUACAGACAUCUUGCAUAUGCGCAUAUAAUUUAGGACAAGAACUAUCUGUUCAAUGUGAUCAGGUGAACUUUCCUGAACUCAUUGGUGCUUUAAAUACAUAUGCCAAACAAAAACCGAUUGAUCUACUUUAUAUCAAUAACGCAACAAUUAAUGAAUUGCCAAACAACAUCUUCGAAAAUCUCAGUGUGCAUAAUGUGCAAUUGUCCAGUUGCCAAAUAAGUAACAUUCAAGAUGAGGCUUUCCACGGUCAAGAAGCAGUGCUGAAAAAUCUUAAUUUGCAGGACAAUUUGCUGGCAGAAAUACCAAUUAAAGCUAUCAAGUCCUUAAGCAAACUAAACUUACUUGAUUUGUCAAAGAAUCGCAUUACUUUUGUAUCUAAUGGAUCUUUCUCAAGCCUAAAAAAAUUAUCCACUCUGAAAUUGAAUGAUAAUAACGUUACAUUAGACGUUGCAGCCUUCAGUGGGCUAGACGAAUGCCUUAAAAAUCUGAAUCUCAAAGGCACAAGGCAACGUCGUAUUCCCGAAAGUAUACGGGGACUGAAAAGUCUAGCAUUCCUAGAUCUUUCAUUGAAUGGUAUCAAGGAAUUACCAGGCGCUGGAGGGAUACGUACGUUCGAUGGACUCAAUUCAUUAACUGCGUUGAACUUAGAACGCAAUUUUAUACAAAGUUUGGGAGAGACAUCAUUUGCUGGCAUUCGCAAGACGCUGAGUUCCCUCAGUUUAUUAAAUAAUUUGCUGCCUGAAUUUCCCAUUGGAGCUAUACACGCACUGAAAGAGUUGCGUGUUCUAGACAUAGGCUUCAAUUUACUAACAUCAUUGCCUGAAGGUGCUUUCCGUGGCAAUCCCGGUAUUACAUUACUGGCGUUGGAUGGCAAUCCUUUAUCUACAGUACCCGCAACAGCUUUCGCACAUUUAAAUUCAACACUUCGUGGUCUAUCACUGGGUGGCCGAUUUCUGCACUGUGAUUGUAAAUUACGUUGGGUUGCUGAAUGGAUUCGCAAUGGCGACUUGCAAGUCACAUCACGUGAACGUAACCCACAAUUUUGUGGUUCGCCAACUCAUUUUCGAGAUAGAGGGUUUUACUCUAUACAACCAGAAGAAUUAAUCUGCGCUGACCUAGAGAAUACAACUAGUAUUCUUAAAGAUAUAGGAGCAGACUCAGCACUUAUAGCGCUAGCCAACACUACAUCCAAACCUAUUGCGCAAACAACUACAGUCACACCUAAUGGGGAACUUCACCACCUAGAAUCAUUUGCAAUAAAUACUUCUAAUACCACGAGCACUUUACAAGCUUCUACAAAAACAACUCCUAUGACAACCACGCCACGUUCCACAAUAGACCCAGUAAUCACAACAACUUCAACGGUACAGCCGAUGGUAGCAUCCCCCACAUUGUCAACUAACCCACUAAUCUAUAAUAGCGUAAACAAUACAAAUACAGUAAAGCCUUCCGCGUCGAGCAUAGGUAUCAAGGCAAUAGGAUCCAUUGCGACAAAGAACAGUGCCAGCAAUCCGUCCAAUAACAACAAGCAAUCAGGCACAUGGCGGCUGAAUAGCUCCACAGCUGCGUCGGUGAUAACAAAUGGCAAAACGCAAAAGCAGCAACGUCCACCAUUAGUACUAGGGUUCCCUCCACAAAGAGACACACGCUUCGACGACAAUAAUGAAGUGCAAGUAAAGAACGCCUUCCGCCAAGAUAACUCUGUCAUUAUCCAAUGGGAUUCAGAUACGGCUAACAUUCUGGGUUUCCGUGUGGUAUACCGCCUGUUCGGCGAAAAGACAUUCAAGCAGGGACCACCGCUAGAAGCCAGUGAGCGGGAGUUCAAAAUAAAAAAUGUACCAGCACAAGAAUGUAUUAUUGUUUGUGUAAUUUCAUUGGAGGAAUUACAUGUGACUCCCGAAACGGUGCCUUACCAGCAAUGCCGUGAAGUACGCACAGUUGCUUCACAGACUUCUAACAUGGACAAGAUAACAAUUGCCGCAAGCGCAGCAAUAUGUGGUACAAUUAUUGUAGCAGUAGUUGUAUUUAUAGCCGCAAGCAGACGUUCACGUAAACUACAGAAUACGCAGCAGAAGAGCCCUCUGCCAAUCGGAGGAUUGCCAGUAAACUGUUGUGGACCAGCAGGAUCGCCAGGACCUCUGGGCUCCAUUGCCGCUUUAUCAGCAUUCAAUAAUCAUAAGGAAUGGGACCAAGUUUCUGCAUACAGCGGUCGAUCUAUUCCGCGACCACGAAUUUAUUCCGUGGAUAAUCAAGAGGAUAUGCGAAGUCAUUUUUCUGUUAUUCCAGGGAAGGUGGGCAAAGCGAGAUCAAUAGCUGAUGGUCAAUCCCACCACAGUUUUUCAAAUAAUUCACAUCGUGGCUACUUAGGCGCUGCAUUUCCGACUAAUUUGAUUAACUCUCGACCAGAACUUCGACAAUCCAGACAGUCUUUAGCAGCCGCAUCGGAACGCAUGUCGCGCGCUUCAUAUGCUGGUUCCGCGCAUGGUCCAACCAGCAUUACAUCGAGUACGCGGCGCUCACGUCCACGGUCUAGAUCACGCGAACAACUUAAUGCAAUACAUAUACAUAAUCAUAGACCUGGUAGUCGAUAUUCUCAGACGGGUUCAACGCACACAAUAAACAACUACUGUGAUACAUCUGAUAAUUGGACUGAUCACGAUAUGGACAUUUAUAUGGCAAGGAACCCAACAACUCGCAAUGGACUGGUACCAUUAUGAGGGCAGGCUUUAUUCUCCUGAUAUUACAAUGAUGUAUUGACUUCAAAAUAGAUUUCCUGGUAAAACGUUACGAAUUUGCGUAGACUUGGAAUGAAAGUGGCGUUAUUAUUACAGCCAUCAAUCGAACUGGCAUUGUGCUGUCAAUUAAAAACGGCCAUAUCGAAUCGAUUUUUUAAAUAACUACGAGUAUAAUAACAAAUUAAACACACGUCUUUAUUGACAUUUAAAACUAUCCAAAUGUGUCUUAAACUUAAAUGUACAUUUGUGCCUUCAUACACCGACUCGAGGAUCUUCAUUUCGUUUUCGAAAUUAUAGACAGAAGCACACGUACCAUACCAUACUGACCGCAAUGCAAUGCGCUCUUACGUAUACUUAGGUGUUUGUUAUAACGUUGCAUUAUACAUCCAUGGAGAUUGAAAUAAAAUUAGUUGUAAUGAUAGAAAUUGUUGCAAAAUACAUAUAAUUUAUGUAUUUAUAAUAUACAAAUACUAAUCGAUAAUAGUUUUAAUUACCUUUGUUUAAUUUAAUUAACAUAAACCCUUUAAAACCAUAGAAUACAGUAAGUGAAGGGCAAUGGCAAUAACCCACUUUGAUGUAUUUUUAUAUUAAAAUUUAAAAUAAGUUAUUAACUGGUUGUAUAUUUUGUAUAUGUAUAUGUCAGCAUGUAAGCCUACACUGAUUGUUGUAAACUCAAGCAUAUAAUUAUAAGAAUAAUAAACUGGUAAAUGCUUAGAUAUACAAUA